GCCUUGCCUGAGGUACUCCGUCCAAUUACUAUAUUUCUCACAAUGCUUUUUAUCGAAUCAUUGUUCCUGGCCCUAGCGGCAUCUUGGGGCGCUGCUGCCACAACUUCAGCAAAACCUAACAUACUCUUCAUCUUGACCGAUGACCAAGAUUGGCACAUGGAGUCCAUUCAACAUAUGCCCUUCUUGCAGAAGUAUAUAAUCAAUGAAGGCACUCUCUACAAUAACCACUUCUGCACCGUUGCGCUCUGCUGCCCGUCACGGGUUACUCUCUGGACGGGAAGAACAGCCCAUAAUACGAAUGUAACUGACGUUUUCCCUCCUUACGGCGGCUACCCCAAAAUCAUUAGGGAAGGCAUCAAUGAAGAUUAUCUUCCGAUAUGGAUGCAAAAUGCAGGCUACAACACGUACUAUACCGGAAAGCUCUGGAAUCACCACAGUGUCGAUAAUUACGACAACCCGCGAGCAAAGGGCUUCAACGGCAGCGACUUUCUACUUGACCCGUACACAUAUGAGUAUUACAAUGCUCGCAUGUCAAAGAAUUACGGAGACCCAGUUAGCUAUGAAGGACAGUACAGUCCGGACAUUGUGGCAGAUAAGGCCUUUGAACUUAUGAACGAAGCGACUCGGCACCCAGAGCCGUGGAUGUUGACUGUUGCCCCAGUUGCAUCCCAUGGUAAUAUCCGCUUGAUCGGUGGCUGGCAUUCCGAUGCUCCUAAGUAUGCUGAACGACAUGCGCAUCUCUUCAGAGACUACAAAAUCCCACGAGACAAGAACUUCAAUCCUGUCGAGCAAGGAGGCGUCUCUUGGGUCAAAAACUUGCCUCUUUUGAACGAUACUGUGAUUGCUUACAACGAUGAAUACCAGCGAGCACGCCUCAGAUCUCUGCAGUCUGUCGACGAGAUGAUUGAGGGUUUGGUCAAGAUGCUGGAGGCCAAAGGCCAACUGGAUAAUACAUACAUCUUCUACACGACAGAUAACGGAUACCACAUCUCUCAGCAUCGCUUGCACCCUGGAAAGGAAUGCGGUUAUGAUACAGAUAUUCAUAUCCCCCUGGCUAUCCGAGGCCCCGGAGUAGCUGCCGGACGACAGGCCAAUGCCGUGACAUCGCACACUGACCUAUCUCCAACCAUCCUCAAACUAGCAGGAGGCCUGUCACGGGAAGAUUUUGAUGGACAACCAAUUCCGAUUUUUGCAGGAGAGACUGCCCAAGAAACGCAGAAGUGGGAACAUGUCAAUAUCGAAUUUUGGGGCCGGGCAGUUCCAGAGGGAACGAUGGGCAGGUACUCAGACGAUCACAACCCAGACUGGGGUUUCGCGGGUGCUGUGAGAAACAAUACUUACAAAGGUCUGCGAUUAAUUGGAGACGGUUACAGUCUCUAUUACUCUGUUCAUUGCACUGGAGAAAGAGAAUUCUAUGACUCUAUAAAAGAUCCAGGACAGCUUGUGAAUCUAUUCGAUGAUGAAGACAAAGCUUUGUCAUACUUCCUGAGUGGACGUUCAUUUAGUCAGAUCAUCGACCGACUGGAUGCCCUGAUGAUGGUGCUGAAGUCCUGUAAGGCCGAGAGCUGUCAUAAGCCUUGGAGCGUAUUGCAUCCAGACAGGAACGUUGAGACUCUAAAGGACGCAUUGGACCAUAAGUUUGAUGGCUUCUACAGAACCCAGCCAAAAGUCUUCUUCACAUCCUGCGAGCUAGGAUACAUUCGCGAGGCCGAGGGCCCGCAGCACCCGCAUAUUUUCGAGUCUGCAGCUCAUCAUCUAGAGUUGAGAGAUCACGGGGCUUUGGAGCAGAGUUUUAAAUAUGAGGGCCAUUGGAGCCACUGGGUCUAA